UUCGACUAAUGGAAUGAUUGUCGAUUUAAUACAAUCAGCUCGACAGGGUGAAUGGGCCCAAGUACGCCAGCUGCUGCUCAAGCACUGGCUUGUACAGGUCCCAGAGGUGUUCGAAGUGAAUUCGGAUUUGCCAUGGGACAAUACAGCCGCGAAUGAACGAAUUCUAGGUUCCCAAGGAGAGAUUCUCCUAGCCCCACUGGUCAGUGCAUUUGUACUAGACGUUCGGAACACAAAGAGCACACUGGAAGCAAUGAAUGGCAUUGCCGGAGUUGAUCCUGCAAGACGGGGACAAAUUUGUGGCCAUGUAUUUAAAAACGGAGAACUUACGUAUACAUGUCUGGAUUGUGCCACUGAUGGGACAUGUGUCAUGUGUCUUCAGUGUUUUGAAGUUUCAAUUCAUAAAUCUCAUAAAUACAAAAUGCACUCUUCCUCCGGUUCGGGAUAUUGUGACUGUGGUGAUGCAGAUGCAUGGACAGAAGGUUACGCAUGUGCAAAUCACGAGAAAAAGGACGAUGAAGAGGCGGCAGUGUUGGCUCCAGAAUUGAAAAAACGAUGUGAACAGCUGGUGGAAAUCAUUUUACAGUUUUCCCUUUCAAUGAUCACUCAUAAAGAUGAUCUCAAACUUCCCGAAAUUUUCGAGAAAAUGAAGCCAGAGGUUACAAAUGAGGCACAGCAAUAUUUGACGGUUCUUUACAAUGAUGAAACUCACACUUAUGAAUCUGUGAUCAAAGUUCUGGAAUUGUACAUACAUUGUACAAAGGAUCAGGCGAUGCUUGUAGCCACAAUUGUCGAUCGAGAAGGUCGAAGUGCUGUGAAACUUGGCAGUAAGGCUGAUUGCACCAAAGCUAAGGAUGAUGUUCAGAGAAAAACAGCUCGAGAUCCAACGUCAAUUCGAAGAUCAUCGAAUCAUAAUCUACCGUUAAGUGUUAAGGUUAUGGAUACCACGCUUUUCGCGCUUCAGAAUUUUUCGAUCUCCCUUCUUACUUGGCUCAACACACAGAUGGAUGUUUUUCCUCCCCUUCGCGAAAUUGUUGGAGAAAUUCUGCUGAGUUCAAAGUUUGCACUGAAAAAGAAUUACACGCGGAAAAUGAAGUCAGAGGAUCAACGUCUAGUUGCCGGAAUUAUCAGAAAUGUUAUGGUUUUGCCGGAUGAUGAAGAGGAAGAACUAUUCGCACUUGAUGGAAGAAUGGAUGUUGAUGAAAUGGAUGACGACGAUAUUGGUGGAGAAGCUCUGCAAAUGGAAAUUGACGCGGAUGAUGAAGAAGAGAUAACAGCAGCGUUGGCAGGAGUUUCAGAACAUCAAGAAUCUCCAGGUCCUUCACGAGAUUCUUCAACAUUCACAAUGCUAGAGAAUAUUCUUCUCCAGGAUACACAAAUGUGGAAAGCUGGAAGAUCGAUUUUGCAUCAAAUGCUCAUGCGGACAGUUUUCAUGAUUUAUGAUCAGAAAGUUCGAUUUGCAAAGGCUUUUAUGCUACAUUAUAAUGAAAUUUACGAGGAUUUCAUUAAAGAUGAUCAUGAGAUGGAUGUUUCAGUUGUUGGGUUAUCAGUUCAAUUCAUGACUGUUCCUAGUCUGGCUCGGAAACUUGUCGCCGAAGAUCAAGCAUUCAGUGUGAUAUCGAAAGCGAUUCGGGAUCAGACUGAUAAAUUUGUGAAGUAUUACAAUGACGGAAAAAUCGCGAGAUUUGAUUUCACAAGUCGCUCAUUUCCACCAGAAUUAAGAAGAUCCCUUCAUAUCACUCGAGAUAUGGCCUAUAUCCUGAAUGCUGUGCCAUCGGAAAGCGACUGGAAUCGAGAACUUAUCGAUGGAUUUGUUCAAGGAUUCGCUGAUUUUCUGCUUUUCCUGCAGCAUCUGCAAGGAAUGGAUGAGGUGAAACGACAAGCCGUUGAGCAUCAAGUGUGGGAAUCUGAGUGGGAAACAGCGUUCAAUAUCCUUUUACGAUUGAAAGACGCGAUUUCGAUGAUUAUUGGAUGGGCAGAAACUAAUGAAGAAGUUCAUAAUCGUCUAAUGAUAAUGUGCCUUGAAUUGAUGAAUCGUAUGCCACCUGUCUAUACAAAAUCCGAGGAGGAUACCUAUGAAUUGACGGUCACUAUCAACGGAGAAUCAUGUCGAAUAUCACAUUUUGACGUGCUUAAAUCAUCCACCUCGGUCCAUCAGCCGGUUGUUCGAAUUAUCGCGGGUCUCUUUAGUGCUUCGAAUUACACGGGAUUUUUGUUGAAUAGAAGUAAUAAUUCACAUACGAGUUUGAAUCAAGAAAGAAUCAAAGAACUUAUCAACUGUAAGGACGAGACGAAUCUCUACGAACUGAGUCUCCGAGUGCUCGUCCUGUGUGCACAAUCCAACGCGACACUUUGGAGAAGAAAUGGAUUUUCGCUGAUAAACCAGAUUCAUAAUUAUUUCUCUCCACUCUGUCGAAAUGAGAUGUUCGAUCGUGAUGUUCUGAUGAUGCAAGUAGGAGCUGCACUCACACCGUCAACAAAAUUCAUUUUCCACCUUCUUCAUCGAUUCCGUCUCUUUAAAUGGGCUACAUCCGAGUUUGAACAAGACAAGGCGAAUGAGAAACCAGCGAAACCGGAAUCAGAGGAUCUGAGUAAGACGUUGGUGAUGAUCGCUGAAGAGUUCAUACAAUGUCUGAUUCUGAUUCUCUGUGAACGGUAUACAUACGGAGUUGGAAAGACUCGUCCGAUGGAUCAGAUGAAACGAGAAGUUAUCCAUAUUCUUUGUACUGGAUCUCAUACGUUCAGUCAUAUUCAACAGAAAAUGUCACAUGAUAUCAAUUCGAAGCGUCUUUCUCUUCAUGAAGCAGUAAAUCUGGUUGCAGACUUCCGAAAGCCACUGGCCACCACAGCUGGACAAUUCCAUUGCAAAGAGUCGAGCCUUCCAACCUAUUCACCAUUCUUCAUGCAUUAUUCAAAAAGUGAUCAGUCAGCUGCUGAACAGAGUCAGGCAAGAGUUCGUGCGAAAAUGGAAAAGUCGGUUCGAGCUUGUGCGCCGCCUAUUCUUCCGGAUUUUCAAACAUUUUUCGAGCGGAUUCCCGAAAUUCUUACCACAAAUGUUCUUAUUCACGUUGUUCGUCUGAUUAUCGAUAGAACAGCUCGACGUAGCCGUUUCUCAAGUGAUCGUCUCUUCCACAAAACACUAUAUCUGAUCGGAAUCGCGUUAAACGAAGAGGAAAAGAAUCCAUCUUUCGGAUUUACACAACGUGCAGAGGAAUCGAUCGGUCUUUUGUCGCUUUUAGAAGGACUUGUUGGAAAACCAGAGUCAUCGAUUUGUCCGAUCCUUCUCGAAGUGACCGUCGAGAAAUACAGAAAAUUGAUUAAAGCUAGAGCAGGUGUUCCUGAAGCAGCUCCAGCUCCUGAAAACAAGCCAGCACAAUCCGAAGAAGAAAUCAAAGCGAAGCGAGCUGCAAGGGCGGCGGAAAUGAGACAAAAAGCGAUGGCAAAAAUGUCGAAUAUGCAGUCAAAGUUUAUGAAGAAAAUUGAGGACGAAGAGAAGAAAGACGAAUCACAGACACCUUCUGAAAAAUCUGAAACUGUUGUGAAGAAGGACGACUAUGAUAAUAAGCAUUUCUUCGAUGAAGAUGUUGUGAAGCAAGUUGGUCACGAUUUUCCGGUUUGUAUCGGUGCAAAUAAGUGGCACGCGGAGCUCGUGAAACCCCGAACAUUGACGUGUAUUCUGUGUCAAGAGGAUGAAAUAAUUGCACCGCAACAGGGAAAACCAAUGGUUUGCGCAGCGUUUAUUCAACAAUCUCAACUUUUCACUCAUAAGAACAAAAAUGGAGAGCUCAUGACGGCUUCAAGUGGGACAAUAUCUACACGUGAUCUUCUAACAGCACCAGCUACACUUCAAUAUGGAGUUGAUGUUUCCACGUGUUCACAUAGUAUGCAUUAUGAGUGUUAUCGAAGUCUCGCCGAAGCGAAUCGAUCUCGCGAGAGUUUGAGAGCCCGUCAAGUUGGUCAACAUUCGCAUAAAAUGGUUGAUACCGAGAAUGGAGAAUAUCAGUGUCCGUUGUGCAAACGAUUGUCGAAUGCGGCGAUUCCAGUAUUGCCAGCCUAUCAGCUGACGAAUCAAAAUGGCUUCUCCACUGUCUCUGGAGCCGGAAAGGAGAACUUUGACACAUGGGUGGCACGAGUCAAACGGAAUCUGGAAAUGCCGCUCAGUUCGGAAUCUGUCAGCAAGAAGGGUCAUAGUAGGAAGAGAUCACAUUCCGAACGAUCACUGCUGGAUCUUGAGAAGCUCAGCAAGGAUCCGGAUACUGCCAACACGUCUGCUGGUGUAUUACAAUUUGGAGCCAUGGAAAUGAGUAGUGCUACACAUAUGCCAGCGUCUGCCGAAUCUCAAAUGCUUAUGACAACGUCACCUUCUCAAGAUGACGUAGAAUUCUAUAAUGAAUUGGCUGCGAUGUUUGUGGAUCAAGAUGUGAAUAAUACUACAUCACCGGCAGCUACACCUGAAACAAUCCCAGCUAUAGGUUCAUCGUCUCGAAUUCCUGAAUCUCAAGAAAGUGGAAAAAAGCCGUUGAGUAGUCAAAUCCAGCAUGUACUCUAUUCACUAAUUCGACCAUUCCCCGCGUUGAUCAACUCGAAUCGUAUAUGUUCUUCUUCUUUUGAAGGUUUUGAGGAACCAAUAAAAGAUCUUGGGAAGAAUAUGAUGAAGUUCCGGAAACGUGGCAAUGAGCUGAAGACGAAUUUCAUAGAAAAACAUCUGAAGGGGUACGUGAUUUCGACAGUUACCUGGCAAAGUACUGCUCACGUGGCUCGAGCCAUUUCAUCGUACCUCCACUACGACAAAAAACCACUUUUUGGAGCAUUAAACACUCGUCAAAGAGAUUGUCUUUCUGCAAUGGCUCGUCUAUGUGCAUCACUAUCACAUAAUAUGCAGUUCUUGCUUCACGCAGUCUCCGACAUGCUUCGAGUAUUCCUUUGUGAACCACCGAGACCGAAAUUAGCUCAAACACCGGGAUCUCCGUUGCUAAGUGCUCCGUCGACAUCUUCGUUCACACCUGCACCUGCUCAAAUUCCGCAUUCGGGUACAAACUUUGCAUUUUUGGUGCAGUUAUUCAAUCCAGCUGGUCCGAGGAAGAAUGUGAAUCUGAACAUUUUGCAAAUCGAUAUUUUGAGUUUGGCGAUUUCUCUGAUGAUGACAAUCGGAUGGACGUGGAACAACGGAACACAAUCCAUGAACUCCUCGUCAACGCAUCAAAAAGCUCGAUUACUGACACCUGAUGGAUCUGUAGAUGAGGCAUAUGUUCUUCGUUUGUCACUUUUGGCACAUUAUUUCCAAAUCAUCGCAACACACUCAGAAGCGGACGGAAAUGAUGUUAAUAUGGAAGAGGAACAGGAAUCACAGAUGGAAGUGGAUCCGGUUGCUGCUCAGACGAUCAGGAAGCUUUACGCUCUUUGUCAUCCAUUUGAUGGGCCAUUGCGACGAGUUGAUAUUCUUUGGAGGAAGAUGGAAGAAGGUGCUCAAUCUCUACUUCGUCCGAUUGCUCUUUUGUAUCAUUUCAUCACACUUGUCGAUCCACCAGAGGCUCUGAAAGAUCCGUCAAUCAAUAGUUCGGAGCCAUUAUUCCGCUAUCUGGGUUUACCGCAUAAGAUUGAAGAACAAAUCAGUGGAAGUAUGCUCGAAAAGUUGUUCACAAUGUGGUCAUCAUCGAUUCCAAGUGAUCAAGCUCUUCGACAGGAUCUUGUUGUUCAACCAGUUCGACCGAAUCUUCUUGUUGAAUUGCCAGAGAAGUAUAGUCAAUUAAUAAAUCAAGUUGCCACAUUCAAAUGUCCAACGAUACCGAUUGAAGAGUCAACGUCAAAUGUUCCGACACUAUGUCUAGUGUGCGGAACUAUCCUCUGCUCACAGGCAUAUUGCUGUCAGAAAAUUAUCAACAAACAAUCAUAUGGAGCAUGUCGUUAUCAUAUGUCACAGUGUUCCGGAUCAGUGGGAAUGUUUCUACGAGUUCGAGACUGUAGCCUUGUAUUGAUGACGACACGAAAACGCGGUUGCUUCCGUCCAGCACCAUAUGUCGACGAAUUCGGAGAGGUUGAUCAAGGAUUCCGACGUGGAAAUCCCCUUCACCUGAACCCUGAACUCUAUCAGAAGCUGAAGUCUUUGUGGCUUCAGCAGGGUAUCACUGAAGAAGUUGUGAACUACAAUGAAAUUGACUUCCGCAAUGUGCAAUACGAUUGGGGUCAUUUCUAGAGAAAAAUCUUCGAAACGACGGUGCCAAUUAAAAUUGAUGUUCUAUUUCUUGUUAUAAUUAAUUGCGCGUUCUUCAUUUGUUUUUCAUUUUUCUCUAGCUCAUAAUUCUACUUUAAUGGUUUUUUUUCUGUUUGUAACUAUUUGAAAUAUUCCCGAUUUCUUUUUUUCCCUGUUUUUUCAUUACCAUAUCCUAUUCUUAUUAUUAAGGUGUAUGAUUCGAAUGUAAAGUCAAUCAAAAUACUCGUUGUUUUUGCGUGUUUCCCCCUCCCCCUCUAGAUGGUGCCUACACAACAUCCCAUUGCUAAAAAGGAAUUUUUUUUUUCUGUGACCACUAUUUCUCUCCGAGUUUCUCUUAUUUCUUUUUUUUGCAGUUUCUAGUUGUAAUUUUCCUUUGUACCCUCUUUUCCCAUUUGCACUGAAUAAAAUGUCUGAUUAAUUUAAGG